AUGGCAUGUUCUCGUUUCACAUAUAACCUCAACUCUGGCAAGUGGGUUGCGUGGCUGAAUGAAGUCACAACGGCCGAUUUCCUCGACUGGAACCCUAGUCUCAACACUAAUCUGAGCUUAUGUGCCAUGCAGCCAGGGUACAGUUAUUGUGCUGUUCUCAAUAGUUCUUACACAACCAGCAGUGACAGCGGACUUGGCUCUAUCUGCUUGUCCCUCAAUGCCACCGAGUCUACCACUGUCUCAAACUGCAACUGCUUCACCGGUGUCCCUGGCUACUAUAAAGGAGAAUACCAAUGUGCACAUAUUGAGGAAGACUUCGAUAUCACGGAAGCCCAACUCCUUACGUGGAACCCUUGGCUCGGCACAGACUGUGACACAAAUCUGUACGCCAAUCUUAACGAUACCGAUACUCGUGCCGUCUGUAUUGGGGUGGGUUCGAGCACGUCAACUACUACCACCACAACCCCUAGUAGUACUACCGCUACUGCUACGUCGGUAGCCCCAACACAAACUGGAUACAUCUAUGGGUGCCAGGAGUUCUUCACCGUCGAGUCGGGAGACGAUUGUUCGACAAUGGAGACUGAGUUUGGAGUUACUCUUGCCCAACUCUACGAGUGGAAUCCCAGCAUUGGAGAAACAUGUACGAACCUGUGGCUCGGGUAUACCUACUGCGUCAAGGGUCCCACGGCCACAGCGAGUAGCUCAGCUGGUGCGCCUGCACCGACUGGCAUCGCGUCCAAUUGCAACGAAUAUUACACGGUCGUUUCCGGGGACUCGUGCGCGGCGGUUGAGGGUGCGUUCGAAAUAACAUUCGCGCAGCUGUACGAGUGGAACCCGGUGAUUGGGUCAGAUUGUCAGUAUUUGGAUGUUGGCUCUGCCAUUUGUGUUGGCGUUUCCUAG